AUGGUGCUGAAGCGCAUGGACAACGCCAGUGUGGAGGACGGGCUGCAGGUCGCCACACUACGAGAAAUCAUGGUACUGGACGAGGUGAGCGCUGGAACUGCCAACCGAGACCGUGCGGAACGGGACGCUUUUCGCUGUGGCCGUGCCGUGUUUCGGCCAACCAUGGCGGCGCCAUGCAAGACUCAGGGGCUGGAGAGUUGUCAUUCCUCGUUCAUGGACCAGAGCCGUUACUGCUCAGGAGGCGCCGCAGAGGAUGAGUGGGAUGAUGCGAUUUCACGCUCAUCCAGUCCGCAGCGCAACGGCGCCUUCGACGCGCUGUCCGCCCAGCGCAGACGGCGCAUUUGCCGUGGACGACGGCAUCUCAUAGGGAUUCGGGACGCAAUAUUGCGGCCGCAUGAACAGCUCGCCUACGUGGCGAUGGACUACUGCGAGGGCGGCGAUCUGUGGCACUUCAUGCGUGGCUUGAAAACCUCUGUGCGAUGUGUUUCGGGAAAGUUCGGUGAUGUGAUGUCGACGCGGGUGUUCCGGCGCUGGGCAGUAGAGCUGAUCUUGGCGCUAGGUUUUCUGCACUCGCACAACAUUGCCCAUCGUGACCUGAAGCCUCAGAACCUGAUGCUCGCGAAGCGAACUGAUAUCACGAUGCCCUCGUCCUCUUCUGCCAUUGACAGAGCCAACGGCUAUGAAUCGCACCAUAUGGAAGACGCGCCGGCUGGCGAGUUGUACACUCUGAAGGUCGGCGACUUUGGUCUUUCGCGGCUGGAAGGCAUCCCGUACAAGAAGUACGUUCACGAGGCAGUCACGCUUUGGUACCGCAGCCCGGAUGUGCUUCUUGGGAACACAAACUACACCUACUCUGCAGACACGUGGUCGCUGGGAUGCAUUCUAAUCGAAAUGGCUUCGGGCAGUGUCCUCUUCAAGGGCAAGGACGAGGCAGACGAGCUGCGGCACAUCUUCACACGUGGCUGCCGCCCGACCCCCUUGACUUUUCCACGAAUGCGGGAAUACCAUUACUGCGAGCGGUACGCGGAGGUGUUGAGCCGGUAUGAGGAGGCGGACCCCGAUAACGUGACCAUGGAGGAACUCAUGCAGAUGCAGGUAGAACGCCUCAGUCGCCAUCUGCGCGCGUUUCUGCGCGACCGUCACAGCCUCGAGUUGCUUGGCGAUGCAGGGGUCGACCUAGUAGCCCGGCUGCUGAUCCUCGAUCCGGAGCGUCGUCUUACCAUCAUGGAGGCGAUGAACCACCGCUUCUUCACGGCCGCGUAUGCUGAGGUCUACGGCGCCGAUUGA